CAGCUGCAUGUUGCUUUUGAGAUUGGUAUUAAGACAUGUAACAGCUUUUUGUUUCUUGGAAAACUGCAGCUGCGCCAUAGUGUGGGUUCAUCGGCUGGCGAAACAGAUGGAAAAAUUAUAUGUUCAAGAUCUAGGUAGCACAUGGAUACAGGAAAUCUUAGUAGGCGUCUCGCCAUAAGCAGGCAUUAAGGCGAAGUCUUGUAGUGCGAGCAGGGAAUACCA